AUGUCUAAACCACAAUGUGGCGGCGGAGCCGCGGACCUCGAUGACUACGACCUUCCACUCCACGUUGCCGCUGUCUUUCUGGUGUUUGCAUUCAGUAUCGGAGGAGCUGGUCUCCCGGUCGUGGGAAAGAGAGUGCGAUGGUGCAAAUUGCCGCCUGGAGUUUUGUUCUUCUGCAAGCACUUCGGAACAGGUGUACUGGUCGCCACCGCUUUCGUCCAUCUGAUCCCUACUGCGUUUGAUUCACUCAGCGAUCCAUGUCUCCCCUCGCUUCUCACGGACGAUUACCCCGCCAUGCCGGGCGUAAUCAUGAUGGCCGCCUUGUUUGCGCUGUUCACCAUCGAAAUGUACCUCAAAGCCAAGACUGGCGGCCAUUCUCACGGCGGACCUAUGGGCCACGGCACGCCGGCCCUUGCAUCACAAGGCGCGCUGGCAGCACAGGGAGCACGGCCUGGUGUUUCUACUCCUCUGUCACUCCCAGAGUACGCAGCACAUCCAAGAGCCAACUCGGAGCACGACGGGUUUGAGAAGCCUCAUGCCUACACUCACAGCUAUGAGGUCAAGGCUGCUGUGCGUGAGGAAAUGGAACAAUACAACAAUCUUUCCGACAUGCCAACCUGGUUCCAAGUCUUCUAUGCUCAAUACGUCCGCCAGCGUGAAGAGCUCAAGGAAAUGGUCAUGGCCGUCACACCUCGAGCAAUCCUUCCAGCAGAGCGUUCGGCAUUCGAUACCAGCUCCGCCGACCUGUCCGACACCGAGUCGGUCGCUGACGAAGGACUCCUCAAACGAAUGAACCUCAACAUCACUCUGCUCGAAGGCGGUAUCUUGUUCCAUUCCGUGUUUGUGGGCAUGACCGUAUCCAUCACCACAGACGGCUUCGUGGUGCUCCUCAUUGCCAUUCUCUUCCACCAAUUCUUCGAAGGCCUAGGUCUAGGAAGUCGUAUCGCCGCCGUUCCUUACCCCAAAUCAUCGAUCCGUCCUUGGGUCUUGGUCUGCGCAUUCGGCACUACCUGUCCCAUUGGUCAAGCCAUCGGACUCUUGACACGAAAUUCCUACGAUCCUUCCAGCGCCUUCGCACUCAUUCUCGUCGGUGCCUUCAAUGCGUUCUCUUCCGGCCUCCUCAUCUAUGCCGCGCUGGUCGACUUACUCGCCGAGGAUUUCCUCUCCGAAGAGGCGGCGCUUACUAUGACGAAGAAGCUUAAGAUCAAGGCUUUCAUCUUCGUUCUCAUGGGUGCGGCUGGUAUGUCCAUCGUUGGAGCAUUCGCUUGA